GAGGGGGGGUGACUAUGAGCAUUUGCUCAUUUUGACGCCCGGGAACAUGUGUGCUGUUAAUCAUGUGACACAGACCUCACGAUGCUUUGAAUAUACUGCUGAAUCAAAUCUCCCUCCUGUGUGUGUGUGUGUGUGUGUGUGUGUGUGUGUGUGCGCUUUGAUACAACUCGAGCUUGGUAGACUGGAGUGUAAGCUGCUUAACUGUGCGCUAACUCAGGCCACAUGUGCUUCCUCUUCCCCACAGAGAGAGAGGAGAGGAGGAGGAGGAGGAGGAGGAGGAGGAGGAGAGAGGAAGAGGCGCUAUGACACAUUUAUUUGGUAUAUUAAAAAAAGACCCGAGUGACUCAGGAUGCCGAGCUUGUGCCGAGUGUUAUUUUAACCGUCCUGUUGCGUUAAAUCGAUCAUCUGACCUAUGAAGCAGCCCUACACCCAAAUCAGCCCCCCCCCCCCACAGACACCCGUCGGUCGGUCGGUCGGUCGGGUGAGCGUCUUGCACCGCCCGCCUCGUCUCGUCACCACGUUAUGGAGACUGCCCUCCGCUAGCAGCCCCGACACCCUCCCUCCUCCGGGUUGGAUCUGUGUCACCCACCGUUCAGCUGGCUGUUCACAUCCGUUUAACGGAGGGCAUUUCCUCAGAGACGCGUCCGCAUUUCACUUUUUUUGCUCCCCCCACCCCCCCACCCCACCCACCCAUCCACUAUGAACAGAUCCAAAAAAAUCAAUAAAUAGUGGCUGACUUGUGAAUUUCUCCACACGUCCCUCUUUUCUCGCUGACCUUUACUUUCACUCCGCCCCAGGGGCGGAUCUACAGGGGUGGCAACGGGGGUGGCAGCUGCCACCCUUGUUGCCACCCCACUGAUAAAUCAGAUAAUAUGUUUUUAAAGUAUAUUUUAUGUACAUGCAUGGCGAAGGUCAAUGAGACCCGCACCAAACUCGUCUCAAACAGAAGUCGCCGAUUUAGAAUCCUCCCCCUCCCCCCUCACAGGCGCGGAUCUACGGGGGUGGCAAAGGGGUGGCUAGAUCCACCACUGCUCCGCCUCGAUAAUUCCGUUUUCCGUUUCUUUCGCCCCCCCCCCCCCCCGGGGCCGCUUACGGACACCAAGCCACAGAAUAAUCUCGAUUUUUUUUUUUUUGGUUUUCUGAUCAGGCGCUACUUGACAAUAGCUUUGAUUGGUCCGUAACAGACAACAGAUGCACUGAGGUCUAAUCCAAUUGUGAGGGCGGGCGGGCUCGAGCGAGCGGGCUCGAGCUCGGCAGUCCUGACGGCCCAGCGGCCCGCGUGAGCAGCAUUGUUCUGAGAUGAGGGGAUUCGUUCUCUGUGUUUUUGUCAUCGUGGCGCUCACACCUGGCCAAGGUGAGGAACGUGGGCAGGCCAAACAGCUCUCGAAAGAGGAUGGAUACGAGGAGGAGGGGCUGCUCGAGUGUUUCCGCUGUGACCUGGGCUUCUGGGACGCCUGCUACACCACCAUCGCCCACUGCAGCGCCGGGGAGAGGUGCUACACCGGCCGGGGGAAAGCAGCCGACGUUCUGGAUAUCAAGACGCUGGGCUGUGCGAGGGCAGACGAGUGUGAGAUGGAGACAACCGUGGAGCUCUUCUCCAACACCACCACCAUCUACACCAUGACGAAGUACUGCUGCGACACACCCUUCUGCAACGGCGCAGGCAGACCCCCCGCCAACACACUCCUCUAUCUGACUGUGGCCGUCUUAACCGCACGACAGUUGGCGGAGGUUUCUGCUGGACCGCAAUAGUAAAAUUUAACACAUGUAUACGAGAACACAUCCGCCUCUCCAUCAGCAGACUGCUGCCGAGGUGGUGAAGCUAAACCAUUGUUUCAAUAGUGUCAUUUUGUGACUUGCUAGACACACUGGCAAGCUCAUCUUGACAGGUAUAAAAAGUAGUAAUUUGAAGGCUUUGUCAGAUAAUGUGGUUGAACACAGACUCUUGUUUGUAUUGCGUUUCAUGAAAAUUCUGACUUGUACUUAAACUGUAAUUUUACUUAUGUCGAUGAAAAAAAUACAUCACAAGAGUUGGUAA